AUUUAGCCUUAGCGCGUAGCAUUCAGCAUUCAUUUAACCGGCAAGCACGCGACGUGGAUAACUGGCAGGGAACCGGGCGUCACUAAAGCAGAGAUUGAAACAGUGAAUCUUACUCAAAACAGAAAGAAUGGGAGACGUUAACAAAGGAAAGAAAGUUUUCGUCCAGAAGUGUGCCCAGUGUCACACAGUUGAUAAUGGAGGAAAGCACAAAGUCGGGCCCAACCUAUGGGGUCUCUUCGGUCGCAAGACGGGACAAGCUGAAGGUUACUCGUACACGGAUGCCAACAAAGCUAAAGGCAUCGUCUGGGACGAAAAGACACUCACUGUUUACCUGGAAAACCCCAAGAAAUACAUUCCUGGCACAAAGAUGAUCUUUGCCGGCAUCAAGAAGAAGGGCGAACGUGCUGAUCUUAUAGCCUACCUCAAGGGUUCGACUUCAUAGACCAUCUUUUCAUUUUGUAUAGUCAGUACUACAAUCAUGUCUUAUUUUUUAUGUUAAGGUUCACACAACUCUUAUGCCUUCAUGGCUCUUUAACAGUUAUCUGUUUUGCCUUUUAUUUUUUCACACCAUGCCUCUGAAAAUUGCCAACAGCUGAUGGUAUUACCUUCUUUAGGUCAUUGUUCCGCAUGUGACUCCAGCUCUCAUUCUUUCACCUCGAAGGAGUAAAGUAUAUUCCCUGGUUUUAACAGGUGCUGUUAUCAAUACAUUAUUUAACUCUGUUUCACAACAAGCCUUGUAAAAACCGAAAAAUCACUGUACUGGAAACAUGUAUGUCUCUAAUAAUUUUCUCUGGUCUUAAGUAGUUGAACAUGUUAUGUUUUUAUUUAUGACUUUUUGGGUAGGCCCAAACUGUUGAAUUCUGUAUUUUUCUUCUGUCUAAGGAAUGUUGUGUCUCUUUGCCUUGCAUAAAGUGACCGUGGUCUUAUUCUACAGUGUGAAAUAAAUAAUUUUACCAGAA